AUGUUGGAUCUGGGAACCAUGUCUAUGUCCGCAUCUGUUGCUCUCACCUGUUGCACUACUUUUCUUCCGGCGGGUUCAGGGCCUGAAUUAGCCAAAUCCAUCGAGUCCCCGGAAGACGUAGCCGGAGAUUGCAACCAGAAAGAGAUGCCGAAGCUUCCCCCACAUGAAAAGGUCAGAGAUAUUAGCAAUGCUAAUGGAAUCUCAUCUUUGAUCGGAAAACAGAAUUCGCACAACAGAGGCAAGAAAGGGCUGGCUCUGGAAGAUCACGUGAGAGAUUGGGUCAAGAGGAGAGUGGAUUCCGGAGUUUCGGAGUCGAAAUGCUUCCUCCCUUUUCUAGUUGGAGCCAAGAAAAUGGUUGAGUGUCUUGUUUGCCAUAAGCCGGUGAAUCCAGGAGAAGAGUUGCUGUGUACUGUUAACAGCUGUCAAAGCGUUUAUCAUUCGUCUUGUGCGAAGGAAAGUCUCGGCACUUCUAAAUUGGCAAAAUUUAAGUGUCCUCAACAUGAGUGUUUUGUCUGUAAUAAAAGACCUCAAUGGAGGUGUGUGAAGUGUCCAAUGGCUGCUCAUGACAAGCAUGCUCCAUGGUCAGAUGAAGUGAUUCAUCUGAAAGACCAACCAGGAAAAGCAGUUUGUUGGAGGCAUCCAACUAAUUGGCGACUAGACAGAAAGCAUGCAGUUGCACAGAGUCAAGUGGAGGAUGUCUUUAGCCAGUUGCCUUUGCCGUACGUUGAAGAGGAGUUCAAGCUUGACAUGACAUGGAAAGAAUCUGGUGCCAAAGAGGAGCUGCCUUCUUAUGUUCACAUUAGGCGCAAUGUUUACUUGGUAAAGAAGAAGCGGGACGAUGCUAAUGAUGGUGUUGGAUGCACAAACUGUGGCCCUAUUUGCUGUAGAAGCUGUGUUUGCAGGUCUCAAUGUAUAAGCUGUUCAAAGGGAUGUGGAUGCCCUGAAACUUGUAGCAACAGACCAUUCCGCAAAGACAAGAAGAUCAAAACUGUUAAGACUGAACUUUGCGGUUGGGGAGUAGAGGCAGUAGAAUCUAUCAACAAAGAUGACUUUAUUAUUGAAUACAUCGGUGAAGUGAUUAGUGACGCUCAGUGUGAGGAAAGGCUUUGGGAUAUGAAGCAUAAAGGCACGCAAAACUUUUACAUGUGUGAGAUUCAAAAGGACUUCACAAUUGAUGCCACCUUCAAAGGGAACGUUUCUCGCUUUCUGAAUCACAGUUGCAACCCAAACUGUGUAUUGGAGAAGUGGCAGGUUGAAGGUGAGACCCGUAUAGGUGUCUUUGCAGCUCGUCAAAUAGAAGCAGGAGAGCCACUUACAUAUGAUUACAGAUUUGUGCAGUUUGGUCCUGAAGUAAAGUGCAAUUGUGGUUCUGACAACUGUCAAGGUUUUCUUGGGACGAAGAGGAAGGAACCAACCCCUUUGGUUGAAUCUUGGGGAGGGAAACGCAGAAGAGUGGUGCACCGGCCAGUGACCCACAAGUUGCAUCCUGAAAAAUCAAAUCCAAAACAUGAACAAGAUGAAGCACCAUAG